AAACACGCUUGGUCAGUGAGGCUCCGCAACGCUGUACAGGAAAUUGAGAGACAUCGCGCUUUGUUUACAGUGGUGACGUUGCGGCGUAAUGCAGAGCGUUUUCGUCGCCUUGACUUAAAAAAAGAAAGGUACCGUGAAUUGUGGUUCAUCGCCACAUCUAUCACCAUCUAAGAACUCGAUUUUCAAAGCACUUCUCUAAGAAAAUACCCGGGCAAAUAUAACAAGAACAAAAGUGAUAGCAAGUGUUAAACAAUUCACUUAAAUUCUCAGACGAACGAAUUCCAAGCAGGAGUGUUGCGCGAUGAACGAUAACUUCCGACUGUGACGAAACCAGAAAUUAAGUCUCUACGGACGUAAAUCUAUUAAGAAAAAGAAAGAAAAAAAAAAGAUUACAAGAAAAAAAAACAAGUGAAAGAAAAAGAGGUAUCCACUCCCUAUAGAAAAUACUAUAUAACCUCCAUAAAUAACCGCCACACAAAAAGAUUUAAGAGAAGUUAUUUUAGACCAGGAAGCCGUCAAAUCAUCUACAUGGAGGAACACGUGGUCUUCACUAUCAUCAAAAUUAUUGUCGCCGGUCUGGAAGAUGACCUCAGCUCGGAGAUGCCGCCCUCCUGGCUGCCACCCCGCCCGCCCCCGCCGAAGCCCCCCCGACCCCCGCCUCGACCGCGACCCGCAGGCCCCCCAACGGCAGCAGCCUGGUGACGGUGGACACCCCCUGCGGCGCCCUCAUCCAGUACCAGGUCUCGCAGUCCGAGAUCACGCAGGGCAUCCCGCUGAACAAUGAAUACGAGGUCAUCUCCUUCUCCCACUUCACCUGGUCGCGCGUGUACCCGGCCGAGCUCGGGCUGGGGAAACGUGUGGUCGAAAAGCCCAUCGGUUUCCGUCGGCGAGACAUCGUGGCUGCGCUCACCUCGGCGCUCGAACACCUCAAUGGACCCGUGCCUGCCAGGUUCACCGUCGAUGACUUCGUGGAGGGAAUGUACCGCACAGUGCCAACCAGCGGGACACAGUACGAGCUGCUUUUCCACGACCGCCACGCCAACCGCUCUUCUCAUCAGUACAGAACCGUUACCCUAAUGAGGCCCUUUGCUCCCCUCACGGUCGUUGCCAGGGAACAGCAGACUACCAAACAGCUGAUCAACAUCGUCUUGCCUCUCUCCGGGCGAACUGAGACCUUCCGUGGCUUCAUGGACAAGCUGGUCACCAUUAUCUUGAGACAUGAUCGCAGAGUCUUCCUCACUGUCGUUUAUUUUGGCCACGAAGGGCUGCACGAAGUCCGGAACAUCAUAACGAACGCGUCCAAAGAGGCCAAGUUUCGACACAUUAAGUUGCUCACACUCAACGAAACGUUUUCCAGAGGAAAGGCACUUCAGGUGGGAGCAACACACUGGUCCAAGGGCGACGUCCUCCUCUUCAUGUGCGAUGUGGACAUAGUCUUCAGCACGAGGUUCCUGGAGCGAUGCCGUCUGAACGCCUCUCCUGGCCACUCUGUGUACUAUCCUGUUGUGUUUUCCUUGUACAACCCACAGAUGGUUUAUCCACUCCAGGGGAAACCUGUGCCUCAGGAACUGGACCAACUCGUCAUUUCAAGAGACACAGGAUUCUGGCGUGACUUCGGCUACGGGAUGACCUGCCAGUACAGGUCAGACUUCCUCAACGUCCAGGGCUUCGACGAGGAUAUCAUAGGAUGGGGAGGAGAGGAUGUACUGCUCUACCGCAAAUACGUCAAAUCAAGGCUCUCCGUGAUCCGCUCCACCGACCCGGGGAUCUUCCACCUGUGGCACCCAAAGGAGUGUUCCACGUCCCUCUCAGCUGAUCAGUACCGUGCCUGUAUCACUUCACGUGCUUUGAACGAGGCCUCCCACGCCCACCUCGGCCUCAUUGCCUUCAAGGACGACCUCGGGAAGCACCCUCUCGGCGCCGAUGCACUCACCGGCAGCCAGGCUCUUGAGGAACAGCAACUCAAGGCUGAGAUGUAGUCGUCGGAAUUUUUUUUUCUUUUUUUUUUUUAUUAUUCUUGAAAGCUGUUUUAGAAAUUAUAAGAAAAAAAAGGAUACGCUGUGCAGUGCCUGUGACUGAUGCCUCUCUUUCCAGAAUUUUCUAUGUGGAAAUAAAUCUACUGCAGAUAUAUAGAUAUAUAUGUGUGUGUGUUUAUGAAAAUAACUUUGGAAAUGUUGCUACUUUCAGCUCUAUAUUACUUCCAAAUCACAACCGAAAGUUAGCCAGUUCUAUUGCAUGUUGUAAGCAUGUGAUUUUUUUUUUUUUUUCUCUCAAUUAAUUGCUUUAUGGAAAUACAAUUCAUCGUUUUGAAGGAGUAAUGAAGAUUAUCUUGGUUUUAAAAUUCUUAAAAAGAACAAAUAUUGCUUUUCCUGGUCAUCUGUGUCUGUUCUGCCUUUAGUUCUUAAUUUCAAUCCUCUGUUAUUACAAAAAAUUAUCAUAUUUUUACCAGUGUUUCUCUUAUCAACCCUUUGGCUGUGAGCUGAAAUAAAUAUACGGUAUAUGGGGAAAAUUGAACUAUUUGUAUUAAUCCAUUUAACUUUUAACAACAACAGAACAAAAACAAAUACAACAAUGGCAAGUUAAUAUAAAUUAAUAUUUAAUGAAGUACCUAUAAAGUUCAAUUCUUGGUUCGUUCAGCCUACAAAAAAAAAAAAAAUAAACUUCAGACAAAAAAAAAAAAAUUAAGAGAUAGAAUUUCCAUU